ACAGUCAUAUGAACCUCUAAUCUCCGAGGGGGUUUAAGAUAAAGAAACCUUUACAGAUUUUCUCUUUCUUAUUUUUAUUCUGUGAAGCAGCGUUGUCUAAUUCGGCACACCACAGUCUGAACAAAGACCUCUUAUUGGAUCUAAAAUGACUGGAGACAGCAGGCGAUAGACACUGAAGAACGUGUCUCUGUGAACAGACCGCCUCAACCAGUAUGGGUUUUUUGUUAUUUUUUUACUGUGAUAGAUAAUUUCCUCAUUUUCUUCAACAAUUACCUACAUUUAGUUCCAUUUUUUCCAAAGGGACUUUAUUCACUUUGAAAUCACAAAUACUUAUUCUGAGGAAAAAUUUCUGCGUUUCUAUUCUUAAGCCAGAAAAUCUGGAUGUUAUGCAUGAUGUUCUCUUACAAACCUUGAGAUGUCGUUCGUGCUGCUACAGUAACAUCACAAGGCAAGUACUGUACUGACGUGAGCAGCUAUUGGGAAUAACAUACAGAAGCCUGCGAUGCAACUGGUUUAUAUGGGCAGUGGCAGCGUUCUAGGGCUUGCUGGGGCGGAUGUUCUCCAAGGCCAUGUUUGGUGCUUCGUACUUUGAAAGCCCUGACCCCUGAUUCACAGGACCUAGAGAGGAAGGACAGUCAGCAGCCUUUGUGAAUGGAGUGAAAGCAAAGUGAUCCUUGCUCAUGGAAGCCAUUCUGAAUCUGAUCGAACGCUUGGAGGUGUGCAGCCUAGCACAGACAUCCAAUGCUGUAGCCUGUAGCAUCAAUGGCAACAUCAGCGUGGAUGGCGUGGACAACACUCCGGACCCCCAGCGAACAAAACUGGCCAUCACACACCUGCAGCAGAAGGUCCUCAAGCUGACAGAGCAGAUCAAGAUCGAGCAGACCGCUCGCGACGAUAACGUGGCAGAGUACCUGAAGCUGGCCUCCAAUGCGGACAAACAGCAAAGCGCUCGCAUCAAGCAGGUGUUUGAGAAGAAGAAUCAGAAAUCGGCCCAGACCAUCCAGCAACUGCAGCGCAAGCUUGAACACUACCAUCGCAAGCUGCGUGAAAUCGAGCACAAUGGCAUCCCCCGUCAGCCCAAGGACGUGUUGCGGGACAUGCACCAGGGCUUGAAGGGCGUUGGAGCCAAGGUGACUGGGUUCAGCGAGGGCGUGGUGGACAGCGUCAAGGGAGGGCUCUCCACUAUCUCCCAGGCCACACACUCAGCGGCUGGGGCGGUGGUCGCCAAGCCGCGGGAGAUCGCAUCACUCAUCCGCAACAAUAUCUCCGGCCUGAAGGACUCAGACGAGUCUCAGUGUGAGGAUGGGACCAAUACUCUGAGCCUCUGCAGCAACCUGCAAUCCAGUCUGAAGUAUGGUAGUGAGGACGACUGCUCAAGUGCCACAUCGGGCUCCGCGGAGGCCAACAGCACUGUAGGGGCCCCCGGGGGACCCCCCAGCUCCAAAACAAACACACUGGACAGGCAAAGCUCAGGGUUUGAAGCUCUUUUUCACGAGAUUCAAGAUAUCCGAGACGCCCAAGAGAGACUGGAGGUAUCUUUUGAAAACUUAAAAACUCACUACCAGAGAGACUACACUCUAAUAAUGCAAGCACUACAGGAGGAGCGCUACAGAUGUGAACGGCUAGAAGAACAGUUAAAUGACCUGACAGAACUGCAUCAGAAUGAGAUUCUCAACCUUAAACAGGAGCUUGCUAGCAUGGAAGAGAAGAUUGCGUACCAGUCUUACGAGCGCACCCGUGACAUUCAGGAGGCGCUAGAGGCCUGUCAGACACGCAUCUCAAAGAUGGAGCUGCAGCAGCAGCAGCAGCAGGUGGUUCAGUUGGAGGGGCUGGAGAACGCCACUGCCCGCACCCUCCUGGGCAAGCUCAUCAAUGUGCUGCUCGCUGUCAUGGCUGUCCUGCUGGUUUUUGUCUCCACUGUGGCCAACUGCAUGGUCCCCCUCAUGAAAACACGCAACAGGACGUUCAGCACAUUCCUUCUAGUGGUUUUCUUUGCCUUCCUGUGGAAAAACUGGGAAGCAGUAUCGGAAUACUUAGAACGAUUCUUAUUGCCCCCUAGAUGAUGGUUAUAUAAAACUUGAAGAGUGAAUUUGUUUACAUUUAGACAAAAAAAAAAGGUUUUCUUGCAAGGCACAUCGCAAUAGUGUAUGUAUGUAUGUAUGUAUGUAUGUAUGUGUAUAUAUAUAUGUAUAUGUGUGUAUAUAUAUAUGUAUAUGUGUAUAUAUAUAUAUAUAUAUAUAUAUGUAUAUAUAUGUAUAUAUAUAUAAUGUAUGUGUAUACAUAUACAUACAUACACACACACACACACACAUGUAGCAUUUAGCCGAUUUUCCACAAAUAGAAAAGAGUGUAUAUAAGGAACAUUAUCCAGUCUUUUCUGCCAAGAAUGGAAACUGAAGUAUGGCUUGAACUAAAGUUGCACUACAGAUCUUACUGUGAUAAACGAGCAGAUUCCAUGUUUUGGAAAAAAAAAAAUGUAUUUUAAGUUCUCACACACUUGAGUUAACUUUAUAUUCCUGUCAUAGUUUAAUAUGCUAAAUUGAUUAAAACUAGGGAUACAAUUCUACACUGUACUAUAAUCAACCCCAUUUAUUCACUCUAACAUACUUGAAGAGUUGUAAUACUCAAAGAAUCUCAGUGCUUCCAUUUUUUCUACUAUAAAAGAAAAAAAAAAAAGUUUUGUUUUUUUGUUUGUUUUUUUCAAUUUUUAAAUAAAGCUGUUUUAAAUUAA